AAUCAAAUUCCAAGACUCGCCGACAAAAUUGUAAAAGGGACCUGAAUCAGCCAUGGGAAAGCAGAAUAGCAAGCUAAAGCCGGAGGUGUUAGAGGAUCUCAAACAGAAUACCGAAUUCUCGGAUGCUGAAAUUCAAGAAUGGUAUAAAGGCUUCGUGAAGGACUGUCCGAGUGGACAUCUCAACGUAGAAGAAUUCAAGAAGAUAUACGGAAAUUUCUUCCCUUAUGGUGAUGCUUCCAAGUUUGCAGAGCACGUGUUCAGAACAUUCGACGCGAAUGGCGAUGGAACAAUCGAUUUUCGAGAAUUUUUGUGCGCUCUCAGCGUAACGUCCCGUGGAAAGUUGGAACAGAAAUUAAAGUGGGCCUUCAACAUGUAUGAUCUGGAUGGUAACGGAUACAUUUCGCGGCAAGAAAUGUUAGAAAUUGUUACGGCAAUUUACAAAAUGGUUGGUUCCGUGAUGAAAAUGCCAGAGGACGAGUCAACGCCAGAAAAGAGAACCGACAAGAUAUUUCGUCAAAUGGAUAAAAAUAAAGAUGGCAAAUUAUCACUCGAUGAGUUUAUAGAGGGUGCGAGAAACGACCCGUCUAUUGUGCGACUGUUGCAGUGCGAUUCAAGUGCACAAGCUCAGUGAGACCUUGGGCUAUUACGCAAGUAUUACUGUAUCAUCUACAUACCUGAUUCAGGGCCCGGUCUGAUCACUGUCCCUAUUAAGGUUACGAUCAUAAAGAAGCGUCCAUUAAAAAAAUUCACUGGAAAACCUAUUAAAAUGUUUUUAAUUUUUAUCGUUGCUUUCAUUAGUUUUAAUUCUCCGAUAUUAGUGAUUUUCUUCUUGUAGAAACGUUGUUUUAUCUUGAAACAUUAGUUAUAAGUUUAUUUCAAUAUUUAUUUUCCAUUUAUAUUUAAUCAAAAGAUAAGAAUAAGUAGAGAAAGUUUUGAUAGAUUUUCAGGUGAAUAAUCUUUAUAAACGUAACCGUUAUUCUAAAAUAAUAGUUAACAAAAAAUAAUGGGACACUUGUAAAUUGGACCGGAACCUAAAACAGUCCAGGGUCUCUGGGCCCACGGCGCUUGCGCAUACCGCAAGCUAGUCUGCAAGACUAGUCCAGUCGCUCCGUGACAAACGGAUCGGUUUUAAGAAGAAAAGCGUAGUUUGUUUUUGAUUAUGAUAAUCCCUGUAUGCUGUGUAUUACGGACGACCAGUAAAAUUGUUUGAUUCAUAUUGAAACCCAGGAACAAAAGUGGUUCCACAGUCAAAGCUAAAAAACUGCUUUAUUUAAUGUUAUUUCAAUGCUGUCGGUGAUGUUUGUAGAUAUGGUUUAAAUAUAUAUUAAUCAGGUAAAUAUUAAAAUUUGUAAAGCUUUAUAAAAGUUCAGCUUUAAUGAAUGACGAUGUUUGUAAUUGAUUUAACAUAUGUGCAAACAAUUUUAACAUAGGUCUUCGUUCUAUGCAGCCCAUAGGGUAAAUUAACUUUUGAACAUGUUAUAUGAUUUUUUGUAAACUAUUCACAAGGGCAUAUUUCAUACUAUGCGAUAAUACACACAAUACUCUUCAUCACCCUUAUAAAAUGUUUAUGAUUUCUUAAUACAUGCCAUCAUGAAUCUAUUAAUUGUGAAAAAGA